CGAUCUUAUAGCUUUACCUUUCCAAUCCAACACAUUGCUCUCGGGAUCAACUCAAUAAGAGAAGAUUCAACCCGCCUCAACCCCACCCCGACAUCAAGACAAGACGAACUUUUCCCCUCCUCCACCCCAAGCACGCACCGUCGCAUCCACCGUGGGUGUCCGAAUCAGAAUAAUCCUCCGCUGGUAGACACCACCGGCUUGUCCCCCUUGCCCCGUCAAAGCGACUCCGUCUCCUCGCCGUGUAACAACAUCUUUCUCCCUCGUGCGACAAGUUUAGACCCCGAACACGAUCACAAUGCCGGGCUCCGUUCACUCCCAGGACCAGGACCAGGACCAGUCCAUGAUGGACGCUGCUCCUCAGGAUCAGGAGCAGCAGAUCGACCAGGAAGAUGAGUUGGAGUUGGAAGAGAAGCGCAUUGUUGUGCUGCCUGGUGCUACUGAGACUGCGGCGUCGUUCCAGUUUGAGGGAGAGGGCCAUACGUUGGGUAAUUCUUUAAGAUAUGCCAUUAUGAAGAACCCCCAAGUCGAAUUCUGCGGCUACACCAUCCCCCACCCCUCGGAGAGUAAAAUGAACCUCCGAAUUCAAACCUACGACACCACCAACGCCAUCGAGGCCCUCGAGAAAGGCCUGGAGUCCUUGAUGGAUCUAUGUGACGUUGUUACGGAGAAAUUCACCUCCGCGCGCGAUUCGUUCAACGCUGCCGAGGCGGAUAAGAUGAGCUCGUGAUGUUGACGUGCUUGUAGAUAAAUUAUCUUGUUUUUCUUCUUCUUCUUUCUUGUUCACUUGAACUUUUCCCACUUUUUGUUUUUAUGACAUGUGAUGUUGUUUCUGGCGUUGUGUAUAGAAAAGCUGCAUUUGUCUCUUUUUCUCUGGGGGGCUAUAUAUUUUGCUUCUUCAUUUUCUUUUUUCCUUCCUAUAUAUGUGCCUGAUAAUACGAUCUGAGUUCC